GUGUCAAGUGUCAAGAUUUUGUCAAGUUCUCCGAGUCGUGGUAAAUGUCGACGUGUAAAUAAAUCUAGGUGCGAAACCAAAUAAUUAUGAUUUUUUUAGUGAAAGCGAGCAGAAUAUUUUCCUAUUUUGCACCAUUUUAAGAUCUUGAGUGAUAAUGAAUCGAAAUGUGUCGAAAACACAAGGCACCCUAGGACAAUAACAUCGGAAAAUUUGUUUACAUUUUUUCCAUUUUCUUGACAUUUCCUAUCUACCAGACAAUUCCCAGCAAUUUUUUGCUGAUUAUUCAUAAUCUGUCUAACCUGUGAUAAUUAGUUUAGAGUUUCAGUAAUGUAUAUAGUGUUUUAAAAACUAAUUUUAUCAAAUACAAACAAGAUGUUACACGGAAAACUCAGAAUACAUACCUGCAGGGUAAUCCUUUUAACCUCGUUAGUAUGGUUUUUAGUGGAUGUAGUUAUUUUAAGUUUUUAUUCAGAAUGCCUUGGGGGAUCAUGUAAACCAAAAACCCCAGAGGCACAGCCCCUCGUAGGGGACACUAAAGAUUAUGACUUCCCCUUAGAAGAAAACAAAAUAGAAGAGCUACCAAUAAAUAAAAGGGAGACUGAUAGUAAUUUGCAAGGAUUUUCUUUAACGUAUCAUCCAUCGGUGCUGAACAGAUGGCGACCAGCACCUGUUGUUUUGCCUGUAUCAGGCAAAGUUGGGGAAAAGGGUAAAGCUGUACAUAUACCUUCUAGUCAAGAGGAAUUGAUGAAAGAAAAAUUUAAAUUAAAUCAAUUUAAUUUAUUAGCAAGUGACAUGAUAUCCUUGAACAGAUCAUUGCAAGAUGUUAGAUUAGAAGGGUGUAAAACUAAAGUCUAUCCAAGGCUUCUUCCCGCUACUUCCAUUGUAAUUGUAUUUCACAAUGAAGCAUGGACAACACUUUUAAGAACAGUUUGGAGUGCUAUUAAUAGAUCUCCAAAAAACUUAUUAAAAGAAAUUAUCUUAGUUGAUGAUGCAAGUGAAAGAGAUUAUUUGGGUAGGAAAUUAGAAAACUACGUUAAAACUCUUCCAGUACCUACUUAUGUAUUGAGAACUGAAAAAAGAUCAGGUCUAAUCCGGGCUAGGCUUUUAGGAGCAAAAAAAGUUACUGGACAGGUCAUUACUUUCCUAGAUGCUCAUUGUGAAUGUACAGAGGGUUGGUUAGAGCCACUUCUUGCCAGAAUAGUAGAGAAUAGAAAAACCGUUGUGUGUCCUAUUAUAGACGUUAUAUCAGAUGAAACUUUUGAAUAUAUUACAGCUUCCGACAUGACCUGGGGUGGUUUCAAUUGGAAACUUAAUUUUAGAUGGUAUAGAGUAUCGCAGAGGGAAAUGGACAGGAGAAAAGGUGACAGGACGGCCCCAUUAAGAACACCUACCAUGGCCGGAGGUCUUUUCUCAAUAGACAAGGAUUAUUUCUACGAAAUAGGGUCGUACGAUGAAGGAAUGGAUAUAUGGGGCGGCGAAAACUUGGAAAUGAGUUUCAGGGCGUGGAUGUGCGGAGGUACUCUGGAAAUUGCCACUUGUUCCCACGUCGGCCACGUCUUCCGCAAGUCGACGCCCUACUCCUUUCCCGGUGGUACUUCCCGCAUCGUUAACCACAACAACGCCAGACUGGCAGAGGUUUGGCUGGACCAGUGGAAGGAUUUUUAUUAUAACAUUAAUCCAGGCGCCAGAAAUGUAGCUGUUGGUGACGUAUCGUCUCGGAAAGCGCUAAGAGAAAAACUGAAAUGCAAGAGUUUCAGGUGGUAUUUAGAAAAUAUUUAUCCAGAAUCCCAAAUGCCUUUAGACUAUUAUUAUCUUGGUGAUAUACGAAACCUGGAAAGUCGAAAUUGUUUAGAUACAAUGGGCCGGAAAUCUGGCGAAAAUCUAGGCAUGACAUACUGUCACAACAUGGGUGGAAACCAAGUUUUUGCAUACACUAAACGCCAGCAGAUCAUGAAUGACGAUAAUUGUCUCGACGCUAACAGCAAAAAUGGGCCCGUAAAAUUGGUCAGAUGUCAUGGCAUGGCCGGAAAUCAGGCCUGGGUUUACGAUGAAGUGGAUAAAACUAUUAAACAUGUCAACACUGGUAGCUGUCUCCAAAUGCCAGACACUAGCGACGUAAAUCUUCCUUUGUUGCGUCCGUGUAAUUAUGGAGAAAGUCAACAAUGGAUAAUGGAAAGUGAUUUUAAAUGGCAAGCUAAAAAUACCCACCAAGACAGAUAGGGACUUGUACAUUAAUUUAACACAUUGUGAUAGAGAUCUUUUUAUUUUUUACUAGAUAGAAGAUAUCUGAGAAGAGAGUGAGAUAGGUGCUUUUACAAAUACUUAUCAUAUUGUUAAGUUUGAUUUUU